AUGCGAAGAUUGUUGGACAGCAGUUGGAUGAAGUUUGGACCAGCUGGAAGAGAUGACUGGGUGUCGGGGUCCCCCACACCGCCUACUGUGGAACAGCUGCAGGGUUACCACUGGAACGAGCUUUCGACAGAAAACGAUGUGAAAACGGAGAUUAUACUGUACGUCGUUAUCCCGCUUGCCACUUUCAUCGUUUGCGGAGUCGCGUUUGUCUUUUUUUACCGGAGAUUCAAGGGGAGCAAGCUCGGACUCACCAACAUCAUCGCUCUGGACCUGCUGGACCCGGAGCGCAACAUAGAGAUCCUCUCAUCCCUCACGGGGAACGCGGAACGAUUAAACAGCACCAGCUCAGACGUUUCGGACGGGGUCUUCCUCAUGGUUUACCUCCCGCCACCCUACGAGGAAACCCUGACAAAGAUCACCCGCGCCGCUAGCCUUACUAGCGGCAAAGACGUGGAGUCCGUAAGGUGUGAAGACCUUGAAGCCAAACUGUGUCCUGAGAUCAAGUCGAGCGGUGAAUACGUCUGA